AUGUUGCUGCAGCCACUCGUGAUGCAGCUGAGCCCAUUGCUUCGCAUUAUAAUUGGACAAUAUUUUGCAUCCUUUUCGUCCAUUCUGAUCGUGCAUAACCACACCAGCAGCACAACUCUGCUGCAACUCGAGUACCUACGAUCUCUGGAGCUUGUGCUUCAAGAGUUACCUCAAUCGGUGCUCCUGCAGUGGAUCAAUGUGGGACAAUUGAGUGAUGUGGAGGAAGAUCUUGAGUGGCAGGUGAUGGCUGCCGUCAAUAGCAGCAGCACAGAGGGUUUCAUUACCAUUCUGUCGCAAACGAAUCUGUUUCUACAUGCCCGAUAUUAUGCCACACGCAAUGCCAAUGUGCGCCUCAAGGACAAGCGCUACCUGUUCUUGUGUGAGGAUGAACUUCCCCAGGAGCUGCUGGCCAUGGACAUACUGCAGUUCUACCCACACCAUCUGAUGGUGCGGCCAGGAACAAGAGCCGUAACGGGACCAGUAACGGGACCAGUGCCAGCCGCCAGGCAUAAAGAGGGACAAGGCACAACGGUAAACACGGAAAGCUCGAGGGAGGGGAUACCCAGAGAUGUGAAUGGGAAUGUGCGAGAUGGAGGAGCGGGAGCAGGAGUGGGAGGAGGAGCAGCCACUUUACCGUACCGCGACAUCAAUUUCGAGCUGUGGACACAAAAGUUUGUCGGAGCCUUUGGUAAUUUGGAUGCCGUGCGCCUGGACGCAUUCUUGCCGAACGAAACUUUUGCCAGCCGGGUCGAACUUUAUCCCAACAAGCUGCUCGAUCUGCAGCGUCGCACCCUGCGCAUGGGCUCCAUUACUUAUGUCCCAUAUACAAUUACUAAUUAUGUGCCAGCUGGUGAGGGCAAUGAAGAUCCCAUUAACCCGCAUGGGGCUAGCCGUUCGAUUGCUUACCAUGGCGCCGAGGCCAAUGUGAUGAAGACCUUCUGUCAGGUGCACAAUUGUCAUCUGCGUGUGGAGGCGUACGGCGCCGACAACUGGGGCAGCAUUUAUGAGAAUGAGACGAGCGACGGCAUGCUGGGGGACAUUUAUGACCAGCGGGUGGAGCUGGCCAUUGGCUGCAUCUACAACUGGUACGAUGGCAUCACGGAGACCUCGCAUCACAUUGCCCGCUCUUCUGUAACCAUACUAGGACCAGCACCAGCACCCUUGCCCAGUUGGCGCACCAACAUUCUGCCCUUCAACGGUCCCACAUGGCUGCUGCUCAUCUCAACUAUUCUGAUCUGUGCAGUCUUUCUGUACGUGAUGAAGUUGGCCAGCUAUCGGCUGGGCUUUGGUAGAUAUGAGCCAACAUUUCAUCAUGUGCGGAAACUGGAGCACUCCCUGCUGGACACCUUUGCGCUGUUCAUCCAACAGCCGUCGGCUCCGCUCAGCUUUGAUCGCUUUGCCACACGCUUUUUUCUGGCCACGCUCCUGUGUGCCACCAUCACGCUAGAGAAUAUCUACAGCGGACAGCUCAAGUCCCUGUUGACAGUGCCCUUCUACAGUGCUCCGGUGGACACCAUCGAGAAGUGGGCACAGGCUGGCUGGAAAUGGGCAGCACCUUCCAUUAUUUGGGUGCACACCGUGGAGAGCUCCGAUCUGGCCACCGAGCAGAUAUUGGCCCGCAACUUUGAGGUGCGCGAUUACAGCUUCUUGGCCAAUGCCAGCUUUAGUCCCAACUAUGGACUGGGCAUCGAGCGUCUGGCCUCGGGCUCUCUUUCGGUUGGGAAUUAUGUGCCCGCGGAAGCGUUGGAAAACCGCAUUGUGCUGCAUGAUGAUCUGUACUUUGACUGGACCCGAGCUGUGUCCAUACGUGGCUGGACUUUGAUGCCGGAACUGGACAAGCAUAUUCUCAUCUGUCAGGAGACGGGUCUGUAUGUUCACUGGGAACUGGAGUUUGUGGUCAAAUAUAUGGACAAGAAGGUGCAGGAAAUUCUGCUGGAUAUGGUCAAUGGGCACAAGGCCAAAGGUGCACCCAAGCCCCUAAAUGUUUCCAACAUCUCUGGGGCUCUAUUCGUGCUGGCCUUUGGCUUCACCUUUGCGUUCAGCGCCCUGUUGGUGGAGACUGCCAUCUGUGGGCUAAAGAAAAUCAAAUAA